AACAACAAACUAUCAAGCAAAAUAUCGAUCGGAGUUUCAGCGUUUCCGGUGAUCUCCAUGGCAACUCGAGACUACCUAUGUGCUCUCGUAACCUUUCUGCCUUUUCCUUUCUCCGAUCUCGAUUCAGAAACACAUCCCGAGAUGCAGUUGGAGCUCCGGCGAAUCUUUGCAGGCAGCUCACAACGAUUCCAUCCGGCGAAAUUCGAAUCGAGUCCGCCUCCGCCGAAGGUGAAUCGCUAAAUCGUUUUCCUAAUUGCAACAGCUUCUGAACGAGACAUCUCGAUCGCAUUAUGAUUGAUUGAUCACACGGAUCUGCUCAGCUUUGAUCUGAUUCUACUGCGUUUGUUGCUGAGAGAGGAGAAGAGAAUCAAUAUUCUUCGUAAUCUAACGACUCUGAGUCCAUUUUCCGUCAGCUGAAUCUACCACUACCUAGUCGCUGAUGCCACGACUUCACAUUUUCGUUGCUUAGCACAUCCCAUACUCCACCUGUUCGAUUAAACUCCACAUUCUCAGAGCUUCUCUCCUUCCUCUUCUCACCUAUUCUAAUGAUUCCAGGUUCUGCGGUCUGAGAAUACUAACUUGCCAAGAAGAAGAGGUUCAAAGCAAGUAUGGGUGAUUCCAGUGGACAAACUCGGGAGCGAUGGAGCUACGAUGUGUUCUUAAGUUUCCGUGGACCAGAUGUGCGCAACGGUUUCUUAAGCCAUCUCUACCAGAGUCUAGUGACAUCUGGUAUAUACACGUUCAAGGACGAUGAAGAACUAGAAAAAGGAGAAAGCAUAUCCCCGGAGCUGAGGAAGGCCAUUGAAAACUCCAAAAUUCACCUUGUUGUUUUAUCCGAGAGCUAUGCUUCAUCAUCGUGGUGCCUUGAUGAGCUCGUGCACAUGAUGCGGCGCUUGAAAAACAACCCCGGACACCUGGUUUUCCCAGUUUUCUACAAAAUUGAGCCGUCGCAUGUACGCAGACAAAGUGGACCAUUUGGUGAAUCCUUUCAUAAACACCGUAGCCGUCAUCGAGAGAGCAAGUUGAAGCAGUGGAGGAAAGCUUUGACCAGUAUUGCAAAUUUGAAAGGGUAUCACAGUAGUAAUGGGGAUAGUGAUGCAGAAUUGAUCGACCAAUUGACUAGAGACAUUCUCCGAGUGUUGCCUAGUUCAUACUUGCAUUUACCAACAUAUGCCGUUGGUAUUAGACCACGUGUAGGUCGUAUCAAAGAGCUAAUGUGCUUUGGUUUGGAUGAUGUUCAGAUUAUUGGAAUCUGGGGAAUGGCUGGGAUUGGUAAAACAACGUUAGCCAAGGCUGCAUUUAACGAGUUCUCACAUCGUUUUGAAGGAAGAAGUUUCCUAGAAAACUUUAGAGAUUACUUCAAGAGACCUGAUGGGAAGCUUCAUCUUCAGAAGAAGCUUCUUUCGGAUAUCUUAAGGAAGGAUGAAGCUGCGUUCAACAACAUGGAUCAUGCGGUGAAACAAAGAUUUCGCAACAAAAGGGUACUUGUUGUAAUUGAUGAUGUUGAAGACAUAGUUCAGCUUCAUUCUGUCGGAAUAUAUUUGAGCUGUUUUGGUCCAGGAAGCAGGAUAAUCAUUACAACCAAGAACAAGCAUCUGUUAGAGCAGCUUGACGUAGAAAAUAUAUAUUCACCCAAGGAACUUAACGCUGAUGAAGCUCUUGAUCUUGUAAGCUGGCAUGCCUUUAGAAGCAGUGAACCUCCUGAAGAGUUUCUCCAGUUCCCGAAAAGAUUGGUUGAAUACUGUGGAGGACUACCCUUGGCUAUGGAAGUCUUGGGUGCUUUUCUCUACAAAAGAAGCGUUUCGGAGUGGAAAAGCACGUUGAAAGCGUUGAAAAGAAUACCGGAUGAUAACAUUCAAGCAAAGCUUCAGAUCAGCUUUGAUGCGCUAAACGCAUUACAGAAAGACAUAUUCUUGGAUAUAUCUUGCUUCUUCAUUGGGAUGGAUAAAGACUAUGUAGAUUGCAUCUUGGAUGGAUGCGAAUUAGAGCCUGUCGCAGGACUCAAGGUGUUAAAGGAGAGGUGUCUCAUUACGAUCCAUGAUAACAGGCUGAUGAUGCAUAACUUACUACGAGACAUGGGAAGAUAUAUUGUCCAAGGAACAUCCAAGAAACAUGUGAAGAACCGUGAGAAAUGGAGUAGAUUGUGGGACCGGGUUCAUGUUAUAGAUGUAUUGGAAAAUUACUCCGGAACAGAUGCAAAUCAUCCAAAUCAUGCAAUUGAAGGACUCAGCUUGAAGGCUGAAGUUACGGCUGUUGAGAACUUGGAGGUUAAAGCGUUUUCAAAUCUACGUAGGCUGAGACUGUUACAACUCAGUCAUGUAGUACUCAACGGAAGCUAUGAAAAUUUUCCAAAAGGUUUACGAUGGCUUUGUUGGCUUGGGUUUCCUGAGGAAUCUUUCCCCAUAAACUUACAUUUGAGAAGUUUAGUUGUCAUGAACAUGCAGAACAGCAACCUUAAACGACUUUGGGAUCAAAAGCCUCAUGAGUCCCUUAAGGAGUUAAAGUACCUAGACCUCAGUCACUCUAUCCAGCUUACAGAGACUCCAGACUUCUCUUAUCUCCCAAACCUUGAGAAGCUGUUCCUGAUAAACUGUCAAAGAUUGGCUAAAGUUCACGAGUCCAUAAAGGUUCUUCAAGGAAGCCUGAUUCUAUUAAAUCUGAGUGGUUGCAUCAAGCUUGGUGAACUCCCGUUGGAACUCUAUACGUUGAAGUUGCUAGAAACCCUCAUUCUCUCCGGAUGCUCGCAACUUGAGAGAUUGGAUGAUGCUUUAGGUGAACUAGAGUCCUUGACAAUUCUCAAAGCUGAUUAUACUGCUAUAACGCAAAUCCCUUCCUCGAGUGAUCAACUGAAGAAACUGAAAGAGUUAUCUCUUCAUGGCUGCAAGGAGUUAAGGAAGGACAGACAGUACACCAACUCUGAUGAAACCUCUCAAGUGGCUCGGUUAAGCCCGCUCUCAUUAAACGGUUUAAUCCGCUUAAGGACUUUGCAUUUAGGUUUCUGCAAUCUAUCUGAUGAGUUGGUUCCUGCAAAUCUUGGGAGUUUGUCUUCCCUUGAGGAACUUGACCUUCAAGGCAACAACUUUCGUAACUUGCAAACCGAUUUUGCUGGUCUUCCAAGUCUACAGAUUCUUAAAUUGGAUAAUUGCUCAGAACUUCGAUCCAUGUUUAGUUUACCAAAGAAGUUGAGGUCUUUAUACGCGAGAAACUGUACUGUGUUGGAAAGAACUCCAGACUUACUGGAGUGUUCGGUGUUGCAAUCACUGCACCUCACAAAUUGUUACAACCUCGUUGAGACCCCAGGGCUGGAGGAACUGAAAACGGUUGGAGUCAUCCACAUGGAAAUGUGCAACAGAAUACCAUAUUCACACAGAGAAAGAAUCAUGCAGGGAUGGGCUGUUGGUGCCAAUGGGGGAGUUUUUGUCCCGGGGUCGAGCAUUCCAGAGUGGGUCAAUUUCAAGAAUGGGACACGUUCAAUCUCUUUUACUGUCCCUGAACCAACUUUGAAUUCUGUUCUGGUCGGGUUUACCGUAUGGACAACAUACGUGAGUCAACAAGAUGAUGUGAUGUCUGCAUACAUUCCAAAGAUCACAUUGAAGAAUCAAACCAAGGGAGAUGUGUGGAGCCGCAAUCCAGCAACAGAUCUCAUUCGUAUGUACCGUGAAAAACACAUCUGGCAAGGGCACUUUUCAAAUGAAGAUUUCGUGUUAGAAACAGAGGAUGAAGUUGAAGUUUCUGUGGAUUUUGGAGAUAAAGUCACCAUUCUUGAGACAGGACUAACUCUUGCUUACAGAGAAGUCAUUGAAGUCCCAAAUGUGCAACUGACAGAAAUAGAUGAUGAAGUUGAUGAUGAACUAGUCACAGAAAUAGAUGAUGAAGUUGAUGAUGAACUAGUCACAGAUGAAAGCCAAAGAAGACCUCCCAGGAAAAUGGGAAUGGGUUUAAAGACACUUCUGGGGGCGUUUGGUUUGUUAGCAUUCAUUGUUGUUCUUGGAAAACAUGGUAGACCCCUGCGCCGCCACAACCACCUCCGCAGGAAUAAAGUUGAAAAGGAUAAGGAGAAAAAUGCCACACUCCCCAUUUUCUCUUUUUUAGAUUACUAGGUUUCAAAAUGGUUUCUUGAUCUAGCUAUUGAUUUCGGAUUGAUGGUUCUGAAUCUUAAUAGAACGCUUGCUGGUGUUAUUCUAGAAUGGCUUGGAUAGUGGAAGCAGAAUGAACAUUACAACAAGAAACAUGCACUUGUUUAAAGCAGCUUCAGUGGGAGAAAACAUCUACUCACUGAAGGAAUUUGUUGGUAAUGAAUCUCUCUUCAGUUCUUUCCCAUUUAGACAAACUAUUGUAGCAGAUUUUUACAGUUUUUACCUUAAGGUUUACUUUGUUGUGAAAUUUAUUAUAUACAUUUUACCUUUAAAUGAUCCUCCAUGAAUACUAAUGAUGGCAAAAAGGUCAGAUGGCCUUGUAAGCAUUUGUUAAAGCAGGAGAGCAUUUUUUACAUUGA